GAUAUCGAUAAUAAAAUAUGUUAAACGAAAACAUUAUUAUACUCUAUAUGAAAAACCCAGAUCCUAUAUUUUAUGGGAUGAUGGAUGAUUUAGUAAUUCAGACUUUAAAAAAAUAAAAUGCAACAAUAAUUGUAACUGAAUUAGAAGAAUUAAGUGUUAUAAUUGGAGAAGUAUUAAAUAAAACAAUAAUAGGAAUUUAUAUUUUUAAGAAAUGGUGAGCAAAUAUAAUUUGAUGCAUUUUUAGGUUAUGGAUAUAUGGCACCAAAACACUAUUUAGAUUAUAUGUACUUUAAUUUUGCAGCAUAUACAGCAGGAAAAACUACAUUAUAUUCACCAUUUACAGAAAAUAUAUUAUAAGACAAACUAUUGCAAUAUGCAAAAUUUAGUAAAUGUUAAGUUCCAUUUCCUCGUUGUAGUGCUUCAUUCUCUGUUUAAUAAUUUAAAUUAAACUUAUCUCAAUUUGAAAGCAAAGCAAUAAUGAAAGAGGUUAUAGGAUAUGAGGGAACAGGUGUGAAAUUAUCUUGUAAUAAAAUAUAAAGCACAGAAAUAUUUUGUAAAUCUCUUUGGAAUGGAGAAUAGGCUAUAAUAUAAGAUUUUGUGAGUGAUUCUGUUGGUCGAUCCAUCAGAGUAUUAGUUAUAGGUGGUAGAGCAGUAUCAGUAACAGAAUUCUAAGAUAAUAUUGUAUUAUAUCUUAAUUAUAUAAUAGGNAAUUAUUAAAGAUAUCAAUCAUAUACUAUAUUGA